AUUAUUCAAAUAUAUCAUAAACUUUUAAAACACUUAAGAAAAAAAAAACUCUUUUCUGUUCCAAUUUACCAAAAAAUGGCAUCACAAAACAAAGCAUACAAGGCCGGAGAAGUCAAAGGACAAGCCGAGGAGAAAACCGGACAGGUGUUCGACAACAUUCGAGACAAAGCACAACAAGGCAAAGACAAGACAUCUGGAGCUGCCGGUUCGGCGUGGGACAAGACCAUGGAGUCGAAAGACCAGACCGGAAGCUACAUGUCCGAAAAAGCUGGAGAAAUGAAGGAUAAAGCAUCCCAAAUGGGUCAAGCCACCAAAGAAAAGGCUUCAGAUAUGGCGCAGUCUACUAAAGAGACUGCGCAGGCUGGAAAAGAAAAAACUGGUGGGGUGUUGCAAAAGACUGGAGAGGCGGUGAAGGGUAUGGCGCAGGGCGCCACGGAAGCGGUGAAAAGUACUUUGGGAAUGGGUGGUGGUACAACCGAGGAGACUGGUACAGGUAGUACUGGUACCACCCGUACCACUGUUAGGGAGACUCGUAGGAGUCAUACUUAAUUUAUUGUUUUGUUGUUUUGUGUAUUUGUGUCUUGCAUUUGUGUCAAAGUUUUAAAGUUUGUUGUUUAUCAGGUUCGUUAUGAUAACGAACCUGAUUUUAUAUUUGAGGGAUAGUUUUUUAUGGCUCCCUUUUGUUAUGU